GUUUGCGAUCAUCAACAUUAUCAAUAAACAUCAUUUACACCAUCAUAUACAACAAUAUCAUCAGCAUCAUCAUCAGCAUCAACAACAACAUCAUCAGCAACAUCAUCACCACCCCUAGCAUCAGCAGAAAUAUCAACAUCAUCAUCAGCAACAGCAACAACAACAACAUCAGCAGCAUCAACAACAACAUCAUCAGCAUCAACAACAACAACAUCAGCAACACCGUCACCAUCUAGAACAGAGGGGAGGGAAGACUGCGGCCUAGUCGGCCUCGGGCCAUCCCGAGUUUUCCUAGCGGACCCGCCGCGCCCGGAGCGCCUCCCCCGGCAGGAGUCGGGAUCGAAUAACGGGAGGUCGUGGGUUCGAUCCCGGCCCUGGCGACGCCAACUGCUGUAUAUUUGGAGUCUGCGUGUCUCUCUCUCUCUCAUCAUCAUCAGUGAGUGGGUGAGGCUUGGCCCGAGCGAGUUCCCGCCUUUUCACGAGUUGAUUCCGCCCCCCGCCGUGGCUUUGUCGGCACGAGGCUUCUGCGCCGGUGAGUGUCAAGGGCUCCAACGGGCCCCAAACCGCUGCCCCGUCGUCACCGCCGCCGUGGACAAAGCGCCGAUGCUCGACAUCAUGAGCUGCGUGGAGAGGGACCUUCUGGACCUCAUGUUGCGCACGGGCUACAACGUCGUCCAGGAGAACGGACAGAGGAAGCUGGGACCGCCGCCCGACUGGCAGGGCCCCCCUCCCGCCCGCGGCUGCGAGGUGUUCGUGGCGAGGAUCCCGCGCGACCUGUACGAGGACGAGCUGCUUCCCGUGCUGGAGGCGGUGGGGCAGCUGUACCAGCUGCGCCUCAUGAUGACGUACGACGGAGAGAACCGCGGCUACGCGUUCGCCACCUUCGCGACGCGCUCGCAAGCCGCGGACGCCGUCAAGAGACCCCACGACUUGGAGAUCCGCCCGGGGCGACGGAUCGCGGUUUGCGUGAGCGUCGACAAUCGCCGCCUCUUCUUGGCGAGGCUGCCGAAGGACAAGACGCGGGCCGAGGUGAUGGCGGCGAUGAGCGACGCCACGGAGGGCGUCGUGGACGUCCAGAUGCGCUUCUGUCGCUACGACAGGAGCCUCAGCCGAGGCUACGCGUUCGUCGAAUACGAGAGCCACCGCGCGGCCUGCAUGGCCCGCAGGGUGCUGCUGCCGUACUCCUUCCGGCUGUGGGGCCGGGACAUCAACGUGGACUGGGCCAUCCCGCAGCGAGAGCCGGGGGAGGAGGUGGCGGCGGUCCCAGGCCUCCCGCAGCCGGAGUGCGCCGUCUGCGGCAAGGUCCCGCACAGCCUGUUUGUGGGCUGGGCGGCGCGCACGCAGCUCUGGCGGGCACCCCGCCACUCGCGGCCCACGCCCGUCGGUCUGGACGAGCUGCCGGAGGCGGCCGUCUUGUCGUGGGAGACGCGUUUGCAGGCGCUGCUACGGAGCGCCGGCGUGGGCCACGCGACCUUCGAACUGCACGCUCACUCGGAGCCCGGCAGGCCCAUGGGCCUCCUGUACAAGGUCUCCGUUCCCGGGAUGAUGCGGGAAGGCAGCGGCUUCUUCCCCGCGGUGCUGAGCUCCAGCGUGGAGGGAGCGCGCGAAGUUGCCAGCGAGCUCCUCCACGAAAUCCUCAGCGACGCGAACCCGAGGGCGGGCCCGGCCCCCGUCGCGACGGCGCCUCCCGGCCGCCCCGUCCGGGACCUCCCGGCGUAUCCCGGCGACUUCCCCGCGCCCCGGCAGCCGGUCGCCGCGCGCCUGCCGACAAGCGGCACGCACCCGUAG